AUGACCCUCUUUGCCGCUAAAGUAAAGGCAGCCCUCUCCGGCGACACCCUCGUCCUCACCCCAGCCCGUCCGCCUCAGCCGGGAAAGGCUCCCUCUGAGCGCAUCCUCGCCUUAGCAUACGUCUCUGCUCCCCGUAUUCGCCGUGACGAACCUGAUGAGCCCUUCGCCUUCCAGUCGCGUGAACACCUCCGUCUCCUCCUCGUCGGCCAGGUCGUCCAGUGCGAAGUCCUCUACACCGUCCCCUCCUCCAACCGCGAAUACGGCGUCGUCUACCUCACCGAUCCCGAUGGCUCCCGCUCAAACGUAGCCGAAAACCUCAUCUCCUCCGGCACCGUCCGCGUCCGCGACCGCGGCGGCAAGCCCGACGCCGCCGCCGAGCAAAACGAUCUCCUCGACCGCUACCGUGCCCUCGAAUCCGCCGCCGCUGAGGCCGCCUUCGGCGUCCACUCCUCCCAGAUCGAAUCCUUCCAGACCCUCAGCGAGAUCCCCGCAGACUUUGUCGCUACUUACAAGGGCAAGUCCCUCGAAGCCAUCGUCGAGCGCAUCUUCAACGGCGACCGCAUCCUCGCCCGCAUCGUCCUCCCGGGCCUGCAUAUCCAAGUCCCGCUCCUGCUCGCCGGCAUUCGCGCGCCCCGCUCCUCGCCCUCGAACCCUGACUCGCCCGACAAUGCCGAACCCUACGGCGACAUCGCAAAGCUCUACGUCGAGGCUCGUCUUCUCCAGCGCUCCGUCACUGUAGAGGUCCUCGGCGCGUCCCAGCAGGGCGCGCUCAUUGCCGUCGUGCGCCAUCCCGCUGGUGUCAUCGCUGAAAAGCUCCUCGAAGCUGGUCUCGCCUCCGUCUCGGACUGGCAGUCAAACAUCCUCGGCGCCGCCGCAAUGGGCACCCUCCGUACCGCCGAGCGCACCGCACGCGCAAAGGGCCUCAAUAUCUGGCACGGCACCACCGUCGCGGCCUCUUCUUCCUCUGCUGGCUCGGGCUCCGACAAAUCCUACUCGGCCGUCGUCGCCCGCAUCAUCUCCGCCGACACCCUCGUGGUCCGCAACGCGAAGACCAACGACGAGAAAGUCGUCCAGCUCGCGAGUGUGCGCGGCCCGCGCGCAAGCGAUCCCAAGCAGCAGUCCUACGUGGCUGCCGCGCGCGAGUUUGUCCGCAAGCUCGCCAUCGGCAAGCACGUCAAGGUGACGCUGCUGCACACGCGGCCCAAGUCCGACAACUUUGACGAGCGCGACAUUGUCACUGUCGAGCUCGCCAAGGCGCCGGCUGGCCACUCUUCUCCUGAUCUCGCGACGAUCGUCGUCGAGGCCGGCUACGCGACCGUCAUCCGUCACCGCAAGGGCGAGGUCGACGACCGCUCCCCGAUCUGGGACGAGCUUCUCGAGAAGGAAGGUGCCGCAAUCAAAGCCAAGGCCGGCUUCCACUCCGGCGUCGCCCUUCCCCCCGACCGCGUCGUCAACGCGUCCGAGUCGAACGCGCGCGCCGCCGCCUUCCUGCCUUCGCUGCAGCGCCAGAAGCGUGUGCCUGCCAUCGUCGAGUUUGUAAACACCGGCAGCAGACUGCGCCUGCUUCUCCCUCGCGAGAACGCGCGGAUCAAGUUCAUUCUUGCCGGCAUCACGACGCCGCGCGUUGCGAUGGCCAACUCGUCAGAGAAAUCCGAGCCGUUUGGCGACGAGGCCAGAGAGUUUUCCGCGCGCAGACUGCUGCAGCGCGAUGUCGAGAUCGAUGUCACGCACGCGGACCACUCCGGUGGCUUCUUUGGCUUGCUCCAUGUUCCCGGCACCAAGGACACAUUCGCCAAGGCGCUGCUCGAAGAGGGUCUUGCAACCUUUGACGAGUACUCUGCGCAGGAGGCCGGUGUCGCGAGCCAGUUCCGCGCGGCCGAGGAGGUUGCUACGCAGGCCAAGAAGGGCAUCUGGAAGGAGGAUAAGGGAAAGGCUAAGGCUGCCGUUGCUGCUCCUGUCGCUGCUCCUGUCGCUGCUGCCGCUGCCGUGGCUUCUGGACCUAGUAAUAAGGAGUAUCUCAACAUUGCGGUCACGCAUGUUGCCGAUGAUGGAUCCUUCUCUUAUGUCAUUUUGAACGACUCCCUGACCAAGCUUAAGAGCCUGACCUCGACCUUGUCAUCCACCGCCCCAGCUCCGCUCGCAAACGCCCGUCCCCGCGUCGGCGACCUCGUGAGCUACAUCCUUCCCGAGACCACGCUCCCCGCGCGCUUCAAAGUCGCCUCGCUCGACAUCCCCAAGAAGCAAGCCUCGCUAGUCUCGAUCGACUUUGGCACAAAAGUCCCCGCCGCCCCGUUUGCCAAGCUCCGCGCCCUGCCGCCGUCCUGCUCGCCCGCCACCUCCGGCGUUCCCGCGCUCGCGCGCCCGGGCGUCCUGCGCAUCGUCAAGUUCCCCGAGUUUGCGGACGAAUACCUCGACGACGCCGUCACGGUCUUUUACGACCUCGUCUGGACCGCGCCCGAGGUCCUCGUGUCCUCCGCGCCCGGCACCGUCAAGCGCCUUGUCGCCGUCACCGACGGCACCAGCAACGCCGACGGCGUGCCGACCAUCGAGCUCGUCGACGCGGCGGCGAUGGAUAAGAGCAUCAACGCGCGCCUGGCCGAGGACGGAUGGGUGUACGUGCCGAGCGACAAGGCGCUCAGACGGUCGCCUGAGCGGGUCGUUAUUGGCUCUGAUACUCUUUCUGAGCUCCGACGCGCUGCUGAGGCGGCAAAGUUGGAGAGGAAGGGUAUCUGGGAGUACGGCGACGCCACUCCUGAUGACGAGUAG